GGUUUUGCUAGUGCUAUGGAAACUGCCAAAGCAGAGAUUCAGAAACAAUCUGACCAUGCGGGAAGAUCAUACCGUCUUGGUGCAAUGGGCAAUGUACAAGAAAUCAGUGUUGCAGAAAGAAAUAAGAUUGCUUUUGCACUCUCAUCAUCUUUAGCAGAAAUCCCGGUGGUGGCAUUCACAGCCAGCAGAGCUUUCAUUGCUUACAUUGGUUUUAAUGUUGCUGUAGUAUCAGAAACUGUAAUU